GUAACAGCUAGAACAAUGGCCAAGAUCCUCAUUGUGGCUCUGUGCGUGGUGGGCUUUGCCCUGCUCUUGGAGGCCCAGCGCCAGGACGGCGGACAGGGUGGUCGUCGUGGUCCCGGAGGCCCUGGCGGUCGUUCCGGUCCUGGAGGCCCUGGCGGUCGGGACGGUCCUGGAGGCCCUGGAGGUCGUGACGGUCCUGGAGGCCCUGGUGGUCGUGACGGUCCUGGAGGCCCUGGUGGUCGUGACGGUCCGGGAGGUCGCGGACCCCCUCCUCCACCCCCCAGCAACGGCAGCGACCCCAACCCUCCCCCUCCCCCCCCCCCAGGCAACGGCAGCGACCCCAUCCCCCCUCCUCCCCCCAGCAACGGCACCAUCCCCCCUCCUCCCCCCAGCAACGGCAGCGGACCCCCACCUCCUCCUCCCCCUCCCCCCAGCAACGGCAGUGACAUCGAGAUCACCACCCUCGCCGUUGAGAUCGACGCCUAGGGGAGAAGUUGACAAGUCCCUUUGAGGAGCAGUGCUUACAAUCAGUGGCUGAAAUAAACAAAAUUAUAUUGUAAAAA